UAUGAGGCGAUAAUACCCUUUUGAUCUCCCGGAGCUAAGGCUCCUGCUAUUAAAAAUCGAAAAUUGACAAUAAACUUGAAAAUAUAGAACAUAUCGUUUUGCUGAUUCGCGUGACUGAGAAUUAACUUUAUUGUCAGUUGACUUUUUAAACCAUAUGAUCACAAUUUGUUUGUGCUAGCAUUAGUUGUAAUAUGAGUUGCAACUGAGUUUUUUUCUAGUCGUAAAUAUAGUUGCAACUGAGAUUUUUUUUUUAAAUAUCAGAUUGCCCGCGAUUCGUGUUAGUCAUGAAUUGCAACAUGGCUUGCAACUGCCCUAGAUCGCCUGAUUGCUAUUCAUGCUACCUCUGAGCUGCAACGUCGGUUGCAAUUAGGGCUCAAUAACAUCUUAAUUCUCUCAAAGUUAAAAAUAUUCCUAGAUAUGGGCUACAACCUACCCGCCCCGUACCGAUUCAAACCUCUAGCGUGUGUAUGAUUAAUCAGUUAGGUACCCAGUACCCACAUAUGACAUAUGCAAGCUGCAGCUACCAGGAACAUUACCACGCUGGAACUAAUCAACAACUGCUUCCACAAAUUACUUUACUACUUAGUACUUAGAGACUUUAAGGAAGAUCUCUGACUUCCCAGGUCCAAAAUACUUCACCCGCAAGGCAGAACAUGACUAUAAGUAGCGCACUACAACGGCAAAGCAUUUCCACACCGCCACUGCCACUGUCAUCUGCCAAAAGAUCGAAAACAUCUCUAUUUCCAAUAGAAGUAUUGAGCAAGCCCAACCACCUCCCACAUGGACAAGAUGAAGCAGACUGUCAUCAUGUACCCCGGUUGCGAUGUUGGUCACAUUGCCCCCAUGACGGAGCUCGCCAACAUCUUCCUCAAGCAUGGCUAUAAUGUCACCAUGGUGCUCGUCGAGCCACCCUUCAAGUCGUCCGACUCCAGCGCCACCGCCAUUGAGCGUAUUGCCGCCUCCAACCCGUCCAUCUCCUUCCAUGUCCUCCCGGCACUCCCUCUCCCAGACAUGUUCGCCUCUGGCAAACACCCUUUCCUACUCAUUCUUCAGCUCUUGCGCGAUUACAACGAGCUGCUCGAAGCCUUCCUCCGCUCCUUGCCCCGGGAAAGCUUGCAUUCCGUUGUCCUUGACAUGUUCUGCAGUCACGCUCUCGACGUCUGCUUGAAGCUCGGUAUCCCGGCAUACACGUUCUUCGCCUCAAGUGCGUCGUGUCUGUCUGUCUUGACCCAGUUUCCUGCAUUGAUAGCUAGCAGGCAGACCGGCUUGAAGGAAAUCGGGGACACGCCGCUUCAUUUCCUCGGAGUUCCGCCGAUGCCGGCAUCUCAUCUCAUCAAAGAGCUACUGGAGCACCCGGAGGAGGAGAUGUGCAAGGCAAUGACCAACACCUGGAAGCGCAACACUGAGACGAUGGGCGUUCUGGUGAACACGUUCGAGUCGUUGGAGACCCGGGCGGUGCAGUCACUUAGGGAUCCUCUCUGUGUCCCCGGCCGGAUCCUGCCUCCGAUAUAUUGCGUCGGGCCGUUGGUUGGCAUGGGCUCAAAGGAUGAAAACGGAGCGGCGAGCAACGAGUGCCUUAAGUGGCUGGAUUUGCAGCCGGACCGCAGCGUCGUGUUCCUCUGCUUCGGAAGCAUGGGCACGUUCUCCGUGGAGCAGCUCCGGGAGAUAGCCGUUGGCCUAGAGAGGUCCAGGCAACACUUCCUAUGGUCCGUGCGCACGCCGGCCGGAAGCCAUGACCCGGAGAAAUACUUGGAGGUGCGCCCAGAGCCGGAUCUCCACGCGCUCAUGCCGGAGGGGUUCCUAGAGCGGACCAAGGACAAGGGCCUCGUCAUCAAGUCGUGGGCGCCGCAGGUGGAUGUACUCCGGCACCGUGCGACUGGUGCAUUCGUUACACACUGCGGCUGGAACUCGGUGCUAGAGUCUAUCGUGGCGGGCGUCCCAAUGUUGUGCUGGCCACUAGAAGCGGAGCAGAAGAUGAACAAGGUGUGCAUGAUGGAGGAGAUGAGCAUCGCUGUGGAGCUAGAUGGGUACAUGGCGGGUUUUGUGAAGGCGGACGAGGUGGAGACCAAGGUGAGGUUGGUUAUAGAGGGUGCAGAAGGGAGGCAGCUAAGGGCGCAGGUGGCUGCUCGCAAAGAAGAGGCGAGGGCGGCAAUUGAGGAAGGGGGCUCGUCACGGGCAUCCUUCGUCCAGUUUCUGUUGGAUGUGGAGAAUAUCGGAGAGCAGAUUGGUGAGUGAUGUAACCUGCAAUUUGCGACCGCUUGAGUAUGGUGCCAGGCCAGGUUAUCAUGUAAGGCUACUUUCAGUACGUCGAUGAAUAAGCAUUUGACUCGUUCAAAAAGAUAAGAAUAAUCAUUUGAGAAUUACACGGAUCCUUAAUUGUUGUAGAUGUCAUGGUCAUACAAAACUUAAGAUUUUUAACAUU